CUCGGCAGUGAGAUGGAGAUGGAGCAUUUCGACGAGCGGGACAAAGGUCAGAGGCACGGCCGCUCCAGCGCGAAGAUGAACGGGGUGCCGAGUCCUACACACAGCGCCCACUGCAGCCUGUACCGGACCCGGACCCUGAAGACUCUGAGCUCGGAGAAGAGAGCCAAAAAGGUCCGCUUCUAUCGCAACGGUGACCGUUACUUCAACGGGAUAGUGUACGCCAUCUCCACAGACAGGUUUCGCACCUUUGACGCCCUGCUGGCUGACCUGACCCGCUCCCUGUCCGACAACGUCAACCUCCCCCAGGGCGUCCGGACCAUCUACACCCUGGAUGGCUCCAAGAAGAUCACCAGUAUUGAUCAUCUGGUAGAAGGUGACAGUUAUGUAUGCAGCUCCAUUGAAGCUUACAAAAAGUUGGAUUACACAAAAAACGUGAACCCCAACUGGUCGGUGAACGUUAAGGCCUCAGCUGCAUCCUCCCGCGGCCCUCCUUCCCUGGGCAGCGCCAAGGCCGGCGCUCCUGAGAGCCGUGAAAACAAGGACUUCAUACGUCCGAAGCUUGUGACAGUGGUGCGGAGCGGGGUGAAGCCUCGCAAAGCUGUGAGGAUCCUGCUGAACAAGAAAACGGCCCAUUCCUACGAACAAGUCCUGACCGACAUCACUGACGCCAUCAAGCUUGACUCCGGAGUGGUGAAGAAGAUCUACACCCUGGAGGGGAAACUGGUGUCCUGUCUUCAAGACUUCUUCGGGGACGAGGACAUUUUUGUUGCGUGUGGACCGGAGAAGUUCCGCUACCAGGAUGACUUGAUGCUUGACGAGAGUGAGUGUCGUAUGAUGAAGUCGGUGACCUAUGGGAAGAUGUCUGGCUCUCUGAACCGAAGCUCCCCCAAGACUGUCAUCCAAGCACGACGCAGCAAGUCCCCUGCAUCUGGUAAAAUAAUGAACGGGACGCCGGCCAGUCAGCUGUCCACUCCUCAUUCGGGAAAAUCUCCCAGCCCAUCCCCGACUAGCCCAGGCAGCCUCAGCCAACGCCGGGGGUCCCAGGGUUCUUCCACCUCUCUGUCUUCCGCUAAAGUUUCCAGCUCAGUGGAAGAUGGGGAUGGAAUCGUUCCUGAAGCUGAGGUUCUGGUUGAUGAGGUUCCAGCUGUGCCGUCCUACAUAUCAGACCGCUACAAGGUGGGACGCAUGUUAGGUGAUGGGAACUUUGCAGUGGUCCGAGAAUGCGUGGAGCACUCCACGGGACGGGAGUACGCUCUGAAGAUCAUCAACAAGGGCAAAUGCAGAGGCAAGGAGCACAUGAUCCAGAACGAGGUGGCCAUACUCCGUAGAGUCAAACAUCCUAAUAUUGUCCUGCUCAUAGAGGAGGUGGACACUUACAAUGAACUCUACCUGGUCAUGGAGCUGGUCAAGGGGGGAGAUCUGUUCGAUGCCAUCACCUCUGCCAACAGAUACACAGAGAGAGACGCCAGUGGCAUGCUCUACAAUCUGGCCAACGCCAUCAAAUACCUCCACAGCCUCAACAUUGUGCACAGAGACAUCAAACCAGAAAACCUGCUGGUGUAUGAACAUGCAGACGGCAGCAAAAGCCUGAAACUGGGAGACUUUGGUUUGGCAACUGUGGUGGAUGGACCCCUUUACACUGUCUGCGGGACCCCAACAUAUGUAGCACCUGAAAUCAUCGCAGAAACAGGGUAUGGCCUUAAGGUGGACAUCUGGGCAGCUGGAGUCAUCACCUACAUCCUGCUGUGUGGUUUCCCACCCUUCCGAGGGAGCAGUGACGAUCAAGAAGUGCUUUUUGAUCAAAUACUAAUGGGACAACUAGAAUUUCCCCUACCGUACUGGGACAAUGUGUCAGAGACAGCCAAGGAGCUGAUCCGAUCUAUGCUGGAGGUGGAGGUGGAUCAGAGAUACUCUGCCCUCCAGGUGCUAGAACACCCUUGGGUCACUGACGAGGGUCUAUGUGAGAAUGAUCAUCAGCUGUCAGUAGCAGGAAAGAUAAAGAAGCACUUCAACACCAGUCCGAAGGUCAACGACACCACUGCAGGAGUCUCAGUGAUUUCUGCCACCCCUCUUGAUAAGGAGGGGCAGGUUCUCAGACGAGGAUGCCACCCGGAUGUGAAGCCACUGCCUUUGCAGAUGAUGCUGACAGUGACAACAGUAACAACAUCAAUGACAAAAACACUACGGGCAGAGCCUCCCAGUUGCCUCCCUGGCCUGCCCAUAGCCCCUCCCUCUCUGACCCCUGACACUUGCUCUGACCCUUCCCCAAACCCCAGCCUCCCAUCUGACUCUGAUGACAUCUCCAUCAGCUCAGCCAGCACCGUCUGCUCCCCCAACUCGCCCUUCUAGAGAGGAGGCGGAGGGGGGGAGGGGGAGGAGGAAGAGGAGGAGGACAAGGUGUGCAGAGGAGGAAGCAAGGAGAGAAAAUCCUCAUCCAGCUCCUCCCUCUAUGUGGAGGAGGAGGAAGAGGAGACGUCAGCUUCCCCACACUCUCUCAUCUAAGGCUGGGGGUGAACAGGGGAAAACUGUUGAGGGAAAAACAAAAAAAUCAGACGGAACUUUUAUCUUCCCUUAAUCCAUCUUUCCAAACCUGGAAGAGAGAUCGAUCAAAGGGUGGACUGAGGAAAAAGAUGGAAGAGACAGACUAAAGAGGUAACAAGAAAUGGGGAUCAUGAGGAAGAGGGAAAAGGCAGAAUGAGGUGAAAUUUUUAUUUAUUUAUUUUUAACGUUCUCUCAUCUGAGCACAUGUUACAGGGCUCAAGGAGCGAGAAGGGGUGACAGUAUAUUGUUCACCCUUCAGUGAUGAUCCGGGCCCAACAUGGAAACUUCCUUAUGGUGGAACAGCUCUCAAGGCAAUAUGAGAAUAUGGACCGAUGUUCAUGUUUUAUUGAACCUUAUUUAUCCAUUCU